AUGUUUCGAAAGCUCUGUUCUUCUUCUUCUCUCUCUCGCUCCAUCGUCUUCUCCCCCAAACCAAUCUCCAUCUCCCGCUCUUUCCCCCAACCACUCCGUCGUCACUCUCCUGCUCUCUUCCACUCCUCCUUGAAAAUGACCGAUACCCAGAACAACAACCCUAAUUCAUCCCCAAUUCCAUCUCCCACCAAGCCCGAAUCGCUCCGCUCUCUCGAAUUCCACAUGGGUUCUAAUUUCAACCCCAAUCCGAUUGUGCCUCCUCCGAAUCAGAUCGUAAUCGUAAUCAGCGGUCCGAGCGGAGUCGGCAAAGACGCGGUGAUCAACAAGCUCCGAGAGGUUCGUGAAGGUCUGCAUUUCGUCGUCACCGCCACGAGCCGUCCGAUGCGACCAGGCGAAGUCGACGGGAAAGACUAUUUCUUCGUGUCCAGAGAGAAAUUCCUGUCGAUGGUGGAGAACGACGAGCUUCUCGAGUACGCGCUCGUUUACGGCGAUUACAAAGGGAUUCCCAAAAAGCAGAUUCAGGAGUUCAUGGCUAAAGGGGAAGACAUUGUUCUCAGAGUCGACAUUCAAGGAGCGCAGACGUUGAGGAGGAUACUUGGUAACUCCGCCGUGUUUAUAUUCCUCGUGGCGGAGAGUGAGCUUGCGAUGGUGGAGAGGUUGAUUGAUCGGAAGACGGAGAGUCAGGAGGAGCUGCUUGUUAGAGUAGCGACGGCGAGGGAAGAGGUUAGGCAUAUGGAGAAGUUCGAUUACGUUGUGGUGAAUGCGAAAGGAAGGCUUGAUGAUGCGGUGGGUCGAGUGGAAUCCAUUAUCGACGCUGAGAAGUCAAAAGUUCAUCAAAGGAUUGUCAGGAUUUGA